AUUAGUGGGAUCGGCUGUCAAUCACCAGCUGCAUCUGCUCCUUGCUUCAUGAAUGAGAGUUUGGACCUGAACAUGGUCAUGAACAGAACGUGAAGCCAAGAGCGAACGUUACAUGUUAUUGACAGACACACCUGUGUGUUGCUAUCAAUGCGUGGUACAGCAUUGCAUCAAGAGUGAAACUGCAUAAUGCAAAGCUUCAAGUCUGCAGCUGUAGUAUCCUUCAGCUAAAAAUCUCUUGGAUUUCAAGUAUAAUAAUGGUGUUUUCAGAACUCGGCAAUUGGAAAAGCAAACCUCAAGCCACUCAUCUCAAUAAGCCUCUUGUGUUAUCUGGAACUAUUGAUGCAGUAAUUUCUCAACUGAAAUCCAAAGACAUUCAAAUUACUUUGAAAAUAAGAUUGACAUACGAAGACCCUGAGGAUAUAUCAUCAGUCACCACAAUGAACUAUUAAGUGGAAUUCCGAAAGAGAUCAUUCUCCUACUACUCAUCUGCGAGAAUCACGCAUUGUGGGGGAUCUUUGGAAAGUGGUAAUCUUCCUGGUUUGAUUGGAAAUGUCAAGCCAUUUAACAGGAGAUACUUCAUUCAGCUCCAGGCAGGAGCUGCUGAAUUUAAAUGAACCCUGCCCAAAUGUUAACAACUUGGACACUUUGACUUCUUCAGCAACCAACAAGAAAAUACAGUGCAAUGGGACAAAGAUAUAUGACAGCCAGUACAAAUUAAUCCCAAGCAAAAACAAAAAUAUGUGUGGAUGGGGUCUGCUGGAGCCCAAGUUUUUGCAGGUUUUUAACACACCAAAAGGAGUGCUGCUCUUCCUCUGCAGUGCUUCAUUUCUCCAAGGAAUGGUAGUAAACGGAUUUAUAAACACCGUGAUUACCUCAAUUGAGCGGAGAUUUGACCUACGCAGUUACCACAGUGGAAUGAUCGCCAGUUCCUAUGACAUUGCAGCGUGUGUCUGCCUGAUUUUUGUCAGUUACUUUGGCGGCAGUGGUCACAAGCCACGAUGGCUUGGCUGGGGGAUUCUAAUCAUGGCUUUGGGAUCACUAGUGUUUGCCUUGCCUCACUUUAUCUCUGGUCAAUACGUAGUGAAUAUAUCUGAGCAAACUGGAUUGUGCCACUCUAAUCAGUCUACACAGUGUAAUGAAGGUUCAUCUAGUUCAUCCAGCUACCGGUUUUUGUUUAUGCUUGGACAGUUCUUGCAUGGCAUUGGAGCAACUCCACUCUACACCCUGGGAGUGACCUAUCUAGAUGAAAAUGUCAAGUCAAACUACGCUCCUGUUUACAUUGGUAUCUUCUACACGGCAGCAAUUAUUGGACCUGCAGCUGGUUAUUUACUUGGAGGCUUUUUCUUGAAAGUCUAUACCGAGAUCAACACUAAGAUUAUCCUUACUCCUGAAAAUCCCCUAUGGGUUGGGGCAUGGUGGAUUGGAUUCCUUGGAGCUGGAGCGGCUGCUCUCCUCGUAUCUAUCCCAAUCCUCGGUUACCCUCGACAACUUCCAGGAUCGCAACGCUAUUUGACCAUGAGAGUCUCUGAAGCUCAUCAGCUGAAGGAUGGAAGUCACCAAACAGCACUGGAGCCAGGAUUUGGGAAGACAUUAAAGGACUUGCCAAGGUCAGCAUUGCUAUUGCUGAGGAAUCCAACUUUCAUCUUUCUCUGUCUGUCAGGAGCAACUGAAGCUACUCUGAUAGCUGGCAUGUCUACAUUUGGACCCAAGUUCCUUGAAUCCCAGUUUAGUCUGAGUGCCUCACAAGCUGCAACUCUGUUUGGGUACCUUGUAGUCCCGGCAGGUGGAGGCGGCACUUUCCUUGGUGGAUUUAUCGUGAAUAAACUAAAACUCCGUUGUGCUGGGAUUAUCAAGUUUUGUAUGAUUUGUACAAUCUUUGGUCUGUUAGCCAUUUUCAUAGUCUGCAUUCACUGCCCCAACAUGCCUGUGGCUGGAAUCACUUCUACUUACAAUGGCAGUUUUUAUGAGGGUGCAGUUAAUGUGACUGCAGCUUGCAACGCUGAGUGUAACUGUUUAAUGGAAAUGUAUAAUCCAGUUUGCGGAGCAGAUGGUUUAAUGUACUACUCCCCCUGUCAUGCUGGAUGUACAGAAUUUAAUACAACACUGUUGGCCAGUGGCAGAAAGGUUUUCCACGAUUGCCUGUGCAUUAUGGAGAACCUUCAGUCUGGGAUUGGUACUGCAGAAUCUGGAAAAUGCACCUCCUCAUGUACAUACAUGCCACUUUUCCUAGUGCUCUUCUUUAUUGUGAUUUUCUUCACAUUUCUGGGCAGUAUUCCUGCACUCACAGCAACUCUCAGGUGUGUCCCUGAUAGCCAGCGAUCAUUUGCACUUGGUAUUCAAUGGAUCUUGGUCCGAACUUUAGGUGGAAUCCCUGGUCCAAUUGCCUUUGGCUCGGUUAUAGACAUCUCUUGCCUGUUAUGGCAGUAUCAGUGCCAUGAGAAAGGCUCGUGUUACAUCUACCAAAAUUCAGCCAUGAGCAAGUAUCUCCUGAUUGCUGGAAUAAGUUAUAAGGUAUUGGGGACACUGUUCUUUUUCAUAGCUUUAUUGCUGUACAAGCCACCAGAUUCAGCACUGAAUAGUUCAAACGUGGACAAUGGGGUCUCAGAUCUACCAGCGAAGGAUAUACCAGAAAUUGCAGUAACCAAUGUAAUUACUAUAUAGUGAUUAAACACCACUUAAACUACAACCCACAUCCUCCAUGAAAGCAGAUGUUUGCGCUCAACAUUGCAUGUCACCCACCACUCACCUAAGUAGCCAGAAUUUUGAAACGGCCUUAAAAAUUUCUAGAUGACAAAAGUCCCUUUACACAUACAUAGUUCGGCCACAAACUUUUCUAUUUCUAAACAAGAAUUCAACCUAAGCAAGAGCAAUUGUAAUGGACUGCCUUUAAUUUAGAUGUCCUAGAAAGCCAUAAGAAGAUAGAAAAGUGGAAUAAUUUUCCACGUUCCUUGCUCAUAUAGCUGUGCUUAAGUUAUUUUGCUUUUAAAAACGUUUUAAACAGGUAUACUAGUCUUUUUUGCUUCUGGACAAACACCAUUUUUUAGACAAAGUCUCAAUUAGAAGCUGAAUUGUAAAUCACCAAACUGUCAUGACCUAUAAAGAUAUAUGUAUAUAUGUAAUAUAUUUGAUGAUAGUUAGCUUAUCAUUACUGUUAAUGAUAGGAACAGUGCCACUUUUUGAUAUCUAGACUAUUAAAGCCUAAGAAUAAAAUAUAUUUUCUUUUUUUCUAAUCCCUGUUUACUUGAGCCUUGUAUCUUGCUCAUUCAUGGUGUAGUUCAAUCAUGAGGGCUCCUGUGAGUCUUCUCACCAUGCAUGAAACCUGGCACAGGACAGGUGGACUCUUGUGGUUUCCCCUAGUCGACUUAAAAAAAAUAUUUAUUUCUUUUGCGCCAUGAUUUAAACUAUAGACAUAUAACUGGAGAGGACGUUCACUAAACCAUGAGCUUAUAAGUUAUGAAUGCCAAAAAUUCAGAAAACUUGCUGGGUGAGUUACACAUUGAUAGUAAUUUGGCAGUUGGCAACACUCAAAGACUCAAGUUUUAUAUUUAAAAA